UGAAAUCUAACUUAAUCUGCAUGUUUGAUACCGUAAACAUCCACGGCUCUGGAAUUAUCGUUGCCUGGUUCUGGUGAAACAUCACGUGGGUGCAAGUUUGCUUGAUCUACAAACAUCAUCGGUCAGGCAGCAGCAACUUUAACAACUCGAUCGCCACCUGCAUUCGCACCUCCACACAUCCCUCAUCAUGCCUUCACGUCUUGAUUUCCUAAACGAUUACGAACUCCCUCGUGAAGCGGAGCACGAAUUCACUAUCGGUGGCGUCGAUGCGUUUUGGGUAGUCGGACAUCCUCGCAUAUGGAACUACGAACAGGACAACUUCGAAUAUCCGGCGAAUUUCCUGGGAAAAGAUAUCGCAUAUGGCAGUCUAUCUACUGCAAUUAGUGGUGAUGGCAAGCUACUAGCCAUCAGCAGCAGCGAAGAACGCAUUGCCAUCUACGACAUUGCGAGCAGAGAACUGCGACAGGAGCUGGAAGGGACAGGCACCGUUGCGUUCCGACCGACAUUGAAGCUCAAGGUCUCGAACGGGGAUGAGACACUUGGGAUAGAUGAACAUCGGCCUGCAUACACUCUGGUCAGCAGCGUCGCUGAUGUUGCAAAUCGAAAUGGCAUCGACAAUACGUUGGUGCUCUGGGAUCUCGACCGGCACGGUCGCUUGCUCGUCGAGGAAGAGGCUCUCGAUGCAUCUGAGUUCGCUACGAAAGCAUUGAAAGCCAUCGCCCCGGAGCUUGCAAGCCACGAGUGGACUGAAGCGUUCAUUUCAUCGUCGUCCCUCCACGCAGAAUUCACCGAUGCCCUGAGCAAAGCCGCGAAGCAGCACCGACGUCGCAAUCAUACCUCGUUCAGUGACGCUCGACUGCCCACUUUCGGAGCGUUUCCAUUCUCUCCAGACGGCUCGCGUUUGCUCUUCCACACGAAGAACAGGACCACACAGAGCGGACCGCGCGAGAUGGACGACCUUCCACAAGUCGUCGUCUGGGACACUGAUGCCGGCAAAGAAGUCUACAGGCUCCACGGCCAUACCGACACAAUCACAUGGUCCAGUUUCAGUCCAAAUGGGAAAAGCAUUGCCAGCAUCUCCUGGGAUGGCACACUACGGAUGUACGACGCUCUCACGGGCUCAUUGACCUGGGUCGCAGGGCACUCCGGCAAACAAGCAUGGACGGGCGCAUUCUCCCCCUCCUCGCAAUUCAUCGUCUGGAGCUCCGAGCAGGGACGAACAGUCAAGGUCCUCCGCGUCGCCACCGGCGAACUCAUAUCCACCUUCCCCGAAGACAUCCAAUCCUGGUGCAGGAAUCUCGUCUGGCACCCAGACGGCCAGCAAGUCGCCUUGACCAACAACCAUCGCGUCAUUGUAUGGAGCCCCUUCGACAACGCACCAGACGGCUGGAUCACCCAGCGCUUCGAAUUGCGAGCAGAUCCGUCCUGGCGAAGAGCCCCCAUCACCUCGUCAUCGCAGUGGCUCGCCGAGGGCCGCAAAAUCGCCGUCGCUCUCACCGACGGGACGAACCUCGUAUGGGAUACGCAGACCAACGGAAAGGAACUCUUCCAGCGUCCCAAGGGUACGCACGUAACUUCCACCUCGCACGGCCUCUAUUUCCUCCCGGCGGAAGGAGACGAAGAGGAUCAGUAUCUCAGCGUCGACGGCGAUGGCAAAGUGAGGUACUGGAACGUGACGCCCGCUUCUACACCCGGAUGGUGGGAGAAAGAACCCAUCACGACGGAGGUGGUGACUAGGAAGUCGAAGCCGUUCCCCGAGACGGGAAAGUACGUGAAGGUUACGCGGAAACUUAUCGCGAAGAAGGUUGCGGAGAAAGGUGAAGAUGGCAGGGAUGACUGGGCGGAACAAGGUGCUGGGCUCUGGACUGCGGAGUGAACAAAAACAUCAUGGUCUAGGGACGUUUCGUCUUCACCGUUUUUCCCCACAUUAGUUUACCACUGCUAUUUUGCUUGGUUUUUACGACUAGGAUCUUCAUUGCGGGGUGCAAAUCAGGGAUAACAUCAAAAGACAUGCCUGUCAAAUACGACAUGAAUGUACACAAACUAUGAUUGAUUUUACUUGUGGGGUGCCUUGAGUCGUCCCCUUGUUCUGAGCUUGUUGCCGAUUUAUA